UAUUAAUAUAAUUAAGCACAUUAAAACGUGUAGUGUUAUUAAUUGUGUGUACCGUUGUGGGUCGAGCCAUGUUCACAACUCUCCUCUUUCUUGGUCUUGUGGCUCCAUGUCUAGGAGCCGUCGGGACAGCAACAUGCGGAGGGGGCACGGCCUAUGUAGGCGUGCCCUUCACAGUGACGUGCAGUAUAGCAGGCGCCAUAGUUGACGGGGGCAUUGUGUGGUAUCGACCGAACGGCGAGCCUGUGGUCACGUGUGACGCUGCUGGCUCGUGUUCCUCUGACAUCGCUGGAUACAGCGUGACGACAUCGACUUCGUCACAGCAGACUCUUGUCAUCAACUCCCCAUCUGCAGCAAAUGACGUCGGCGACUUUGGUUGUGAAGAUGGGAUCGAGAGCUUCACACCUUGCACUUUGGCAGUUGUCCCUGCUAUGAGUAGUACCCUUAUGCAGAAUGACCUACAGUCGAUGAUGUCACAGACAUUUACAGCCAGUUCGUCCUUGACCCUGGUUGUGGCGACAUCAUGUACCACUCCGGCGGGAGUAUGCACGUGGAGCUAUCAAAACACAGAACUGGUCAGUGAGACAGGCACGUUCGAUGGAAGUUUCGCUGUGACCACCAGUCCGAGCUUACACAGCGGCCAGCAGUGUUCUGGGGGUAGCGUGCACACCGUCUGCACCCUAACAAUCUCUUCCACUCCCAGCUUCCUCGCUAACCGGAAGGUGACGUUGUCACUGAACAUUGCGCAUGCCUCACUGGUAUCCCCCAUCAUCGUCACCAGUUCUAAUGUACUUACCUUCGCAGCUGCUAUGAGUAGUACCCUUGUGCAGAAUGACCUACAGUCGAUGAUGUCACAGACAUUUACAGCCAGUUCGUCCUUGACCCUGGUUGUGGCGACAUCAUGUACCACUCCGGUGGGAGUAUGCACGUGGAGCUAUCAAAACACAGAACUGGUCAGUGAGACAGGCACGUUCGAUGGAAGUUUCGCUGUGACCACCAGUCCGAGCUUACACAGCGGCCAGCAGUGUUCUGGGGGUAGCGUGCACACCGUCUGCACCCUAACAAUCUCCUCCACUCCCGGCUUCCUCGCUAACCGGAAGGUGACGUUGUCACUGAGCAUUGCGCAUCCCUCACUGGUAUCCCCCAUCACCGUCACCAGUUCUAGUAUACUUACCUUCGCAGAUAGUUCUUCCGGGCACUGCUGGCAUUCGUCAGUCUCCUUGAUGGUCAUUGGCUGUUCUAUUUAUUUGUUGUCCUGUUGGCUAUAAAUAGUACUGUCGUCACUGUUUAAAAGAAGUCUUCAUUUGAAGUGUUGUGCCUGACUGUACUUUUAACUUUGAUAUGUUUUAUAUUAUUAUGUACUCAGCAUAAUAAAACAAAAAGGUGAUUUUGUCGUAUCUUUAAA